AGUGCAGCACUUUACGCCCACCGGCGUCCGGAAGGUCAGCGUGUGAAGGAGGCAGUGGUAACGAGGUCUUCCCGCUGCUGCUGUGAAGCAACGGCUGAGGUCUCAACCUGGCCUGAGGCGGCGGGGAGAAGCGGGCAUUGGUUUGCUGUGACACCAUGGAGGGAGGCGGUGGCAGUGGCAACAAAACUACGGGGGGCUUGGCCGGCUUUUUUGGAGCCAGUGGAGCUGGUUACUCACACGCAGAUUUGGCCGGCGUCCCGCUAACUGGUAUGAACCCCCUGUCUCCUUACCUAAAUGUGGAUCCACGAUAUCUCGUGCAGGAUACUGAUGAGUUUAUUUUACCAACUGGAGCUAAUAAAACCCGGGGCAGGUUUGAACUGGCCUUCUUUACCAUUGGAGGAUGUUGUAUGACUGGGGCUGCCUUUGGGGCAGUGAACGGUCUUCGGCUAGGAUUGAAGGAAACCCAGACUAUGGCCUGGUCCAAACCAAGAAAUGUACAGAUUUUGAAUAUGGUGACUAGGCAAGGGGCACUCUGGGCCAAUACUCUGGGUUCUCUAGCUUUGCUAUAUAGUGCAUUUGGUGUUAUCAUUGAGAAAACACGAGGUGCAGAAGAUGACCUGAACACAGUGGCAGCCGGAACCAUGACAGGCAUGUUGUAUAAAUGUACAGGUGGGCUUCGAGGAGUUGCCCGAGGGGGUUUGGCAGGCCUAACACUUACCAGCCUGUAUGCACUAUAUAACAACUGGGAGCACAUGAAAGGGUCCUUGCUCCACCAGUCACUUUGAAGAUUCUGCCAACUCAUGGAGGACAUUUGUAGUAUCCAGUUAAUAAGUCAGUCUGGAUUUACUUUCUCCUGCCUACAGUUAGCUUGGAAAAUUGAAGAUUCUGAUUUACUGUGAUGAAGAUGAUCAUGGAUAACCAGGACCAGCAGCCCUUCUUGCUCUCAGUGAGCUGAAGCCAAAACCUUGGUGGCUGAGUAAUGUGGUUCUAUUCUCCUUUGGAGAUGACCUUGCACCUAUUUGUUCUUUCCCCUAUCCUGAACAGGAAAGUCACUCAACUCCCAGAAUUCAGGUCAUGCUUCAGUCCUUUAUCACACAAUUUGUUCAUUAAUGGAUCUGAAACUGUAAUACUCUAAUAUCCUGUACUCUAAAGGGUGAAAAUAGAACCAAAGUCAUACAACUCCAAUGUAAACUGUCUAAAUUUGAAAACAUCUGGGUAUAAAAUAAAAGUUAUUCUUGGCAUUGUUUGUAUUAAAAUGAAGGGCUACUGGUAGUAGUAACUUCUUGGAUGAGAUUUUUUUCCCUAUGGAACUGGCAAAGACCUCAGGGAUUUUCCUCAUUAGUGUAGUGUGUUAGAACAGUCCGUCCAGCACCUUACUCCAUUCUGAAUGCUGUUAACUUGCUCCUUGGAACUGAUUAUGUUUAGACAUUUCCCAGGAAGCUAAAGGAAAUGAGGGUAGAAUGUUUACUUUCUGAAUCAGUUUUAUUCCUAAGAUGAAAUUAAACAAAUGUAAUAGCACUGCAGGGUACUUA